GAUCACUGUGCUCAUACUAUCCCUCCCCGGUGCUCUCACUCUGGGCUACAUCCUCCAAAGCAACACACUGUCCAUGGAAAAUGCCACUGGUUUGAAUGUGAAUGGUUGAUGUGAGGUAUAAUGAACUGCCACCUCCGUUUUUCCGUCCGCUUGAACUGAGAGAACUGCUCUACUUACAAGUCCAUGCGGCCUGAAAUUUUCUUACAUCCGGCUGAGCUCCCAGCAUGUCUCGUGCCUCCUCCACGGCUAAGCGUUACACUGGCUCUUCUUAUACAAGUCACUAUAGCUCAUAUGGCUCAUCCCUGACCCCAUCACUGGGCACCUACGAGCGGGACAAGCUGCCCUACAAGAGUUCCUCAUCAAGCUUCUCUUCCAGCUACCUGAGCUCCAACGCCAGCCGCACCCGAAACUACAGCUCAUCUUCCGAGCCGGACCGAGGUCGGCCCAUCCCUCGCACUGAUUUGCUGGGCAGCCGGCGCAGUGAGAGCCCGAGCCCCACACCAGUGAAGGGUUAUGGCUUGGGCCUCAAUGGGGGCUCAGGAUACAGCAGCUACAGUUACUCUCCGGCCCCCACCAGCUACCUCUCCACCUCACCUGUGUCAACCAGUAUCUCCCUCAAUCGGCGGAAAUCGAUGAGUCAAAGUGACCUGACGCAUGACUUGUCAGCUUUGGGCCUGAGCGAGACCUCCAGCACCAGCGGCCUGAAGCAGUCCUACCGGAGUCGAGAUAGUGACCCAUCUGAGUCCUACAGCAGCACACGAUCCAGCUAUGGGCUCUCAAGAAGCUCCACACAGGAGGGUCUCGGGAGCAGCAGCAGUGGCCUAAAGAGCAGCAGCAGCAGCCGAUUCUCCUCAGGUUGUCUCUCCACAUCACCAGUCAGAGACUCUUUGAAUUCAAAGAGUGCCCAGGGCUUGGUGGGGCUCCGUAAUCUGGGAAAUACAUGUUUUAUGAACUCCAUCCUCCAGUGUCUUAGCAACACACUGAGCCUGCGAGACUACUGUCUUCACAACUCCCACCGUAGAGACCUCAACAACAACAACCGCACAAACACUGCUCUCAUGGAGGAAUUUUCCAAGCUGAUCCAGACAAUGUGGACGUCUUCAAACAGUGAAGCAGUCAGUCCCUAUGAGUUCAAAAAACAGAUUCAGAGAUACGCCCCCAGAUUUGUGGGUUACAAUCAACAAGAUGCUCAGGAGUUUCUACGUUUCCUACUAGAUGGCCUACACAAUGAAGUGAACAGGGUCACAGUACGGCCGCGGGGACACAUGGAGGACUUUGACCACUUACAUGAUGAGGAGAAAGGAAAAAAGAUGUGGGCUAAGUACUUAGAGAGAGAAGACAGCAAAAUUGUUGACUUGUUCGUAGGCCAGCUGAAGAGCUCUUUGACUUGCAGUGAAUGUGGCUAUUGUUCCACUGUGUUCGAUCCCUUCUGGGAUCUUUCCUUACCUAUCACCAAGAAGGGCUAUGGAGAGGUGAGCCUAAUGGACUGCAUGCAACUCUUUACUAAAGAAGACGUGCUGGAUGGAGACGAGAAGCCGACAUGUUACAGGUGCAAAGCCAGAAGGCGGUGUAUAAAGAAAUUUACAGUUCAGAAGUUCCCUAAAAUAUUAGUUCUUCAUCUGAAGCGCUUCUCAGAAUCUCGCAUCAGAACCAAUAAACUGUCUACUUUUGUCAACUUUCCCAUGAAAGACCUGGAUCUAAGGGAGUUUGCCUCUGACAGUAGUAGUGCAGUCUAUAACUUGUAUGCAGUUUCCAAUCACUCAGGCACGACAAUGGGAGGCCACUACACAGCAUACUGUUGCAAUCCUGAAAACGGAGAGUGGUACACAUAUAAUGACUCAAGGUACUCGCUCUACUUCCACCUCCUGCUUUUUGUCCUUUGUUUAAUGCAAAGUCUUGCAGAACUCUGUAGAGCGCCAGGUAGAUUUCCUAUAGGUAUAACAUACAUCAGCUUUCAGGGAAAGAUUAUUUUUUUGUCUUAGUUAGUAUGUCAGCUG